AUGCUCUCGUUAAGAGAGGCUUGUAAGAAACCAGAAAUUGAGAUCGAGGUGCCAUGGCAGAAAUCUUCUACCUCUCAAUCUUGCGAGGUCCCGUCUCGUGCACCCAACCAUAACGGCGUAGUCUUCACAGAAGAUUCCAUCAAAGCACAACAUGGAGAGUUUAUACAUGGCGUUACGCAAGUUCAUAAACCUCUUCGUUGUAGAGAAUAUAUUGAAGACUCAGAAAUCAGGUGGCCUCCUCAUCAAAACCUUCCCAAAGAGGAGCUCGUCACGAUUGGAUUGGAGCCUGAAGUUAUUGCUCUUCUCCGACAUCUUCCGUUUCUCGAGAUUGAUGAUGAGACAUCAUAUGGCACCCUUCCUUACAACCAUUCAAAUGAUGUUCCCGAAGCACGCGAAGUCCUCUGGAAAGGUGAAUACGAUCUUGCACCAUGGGUCGUCCGCUUUGGUUCCUGCAAAGUCACCCCGGGUCUAUUUGGACGAACCACAGUUUACGAUAUUCGCACAAAACACAUUAUCCAGUGGCCUAAUAAAUCACCAGGCUACAUAAACACUUAUCUAGACUUGCAAUCUGUCCCUGCAAAAAUUAUGCUAGAUCAAUGGAUAGAACACCUCCGAGGUUUAAAAGAAAUGCCAUGGUCUGAUGGAAGAUCCCUUCACGUGGAAUCAGAGCCUCCAACACCUCCAUCUGGUUAUGUCGAUUAUAUUGCCAAUGGGCAUAAUAUUGUGGAUCCAAUCCCUGACGCAGACCCAUGCUUGCUCGAUAGCUAA